CUAGAUGUAGAUAGAAAAUAAUCAUCUAUAAAAAAUAUAAUAUAAGACGGAGGUUUAAUUUAAGAAUAAUAAUGUUAUCUAUCUACUAUAUUAUUGGAGCUUAAGUUAUUUUUUGUGUUUUCCAAAAAUCUGUAAAAUUAUUAAAGAAUGCCUCCUGUAGUCAAAAAAAUUAUUUAUGCUGGACAAAAAUAUGUUCCCAUUGCGAACGGAAGUAAAGUACAUUUCCAUUUCAAAACAUUUAAAUUGGGAAAAGAACGUACAUGUAUUGAUGACAGUAGAAAAAUUGGGAAGAAAGAGCCUAUGGUGCUAGUCAUUGGCCACAAGUUUAAAUUAGAGGUUUGGGAGAGUAUUGUGCAAUUGAUGGCUAUAGGAGAGGUGGCUAGUUUUACUGUUGAGAAAGAGUUAGUGUAUAGUUACCCAUUUGUGUCAAAAACCUUAAGAGAAUUGGGUCAGGAACAGCAUAGAAUCAAACACACAUGCACCAUGACAUUGCAGACGGAAGGCAUAGGAUAUACGGAUCUAGAUGAACUAAUAAGUAAUCCAUGUAAUUUAGAGUUCAUAAUAGAAUUAUUAAAGGUUGAGCGAUCAGAUGAAUAUGAAAAGGAUCUUUGGCAAUUAAGUAUUCAAGAAAGAUUAAAACUAGUGCCAGAGUUGAAAAUGAAAGGCAAUGAAUUGUAUGCCAAAAAGAAAUUUAAUGAAGCAGAAGAUAAUUAUACCCAGGCCUUAGGAAUCCUUGAACAAUUAAUGAUUAGAGAAAGAAAAACUGAUGACGAAUGGAUUGCAUUUAAUGCUGUUAAACUACCAAUACUCCUUAACUAUGCACAGUGUAAAUUGAUUAAAGGGGAUUACUAUUCAGUUAUACAACAUUGUAAUACAAUCUUGGAGUAUGAACCUGAAAACGAAAAGGCCUUGUACAGGCGCGGCAAGGCGCAUGUUGGUGCUUGGAAUCCAGAUCAAGCAGAAGAGGACUUUUUGAAAUUAAAAGCAAUAAACCCCUUAAUGACUGCCAUUGUUGAUAAUGAACUUGAAAAUAUCAGGCUAUUACGCAAACAGAAAGCCGAGCAAGAUAUGAAGGCUAUGAAAAAGCUGUUUGUAAAAGACGAAGACACGCCAAAAUAAUUUUUAUGAUAAAUAUGAGUCUUAUCAAUAGAGAAAAUAAUUUAAAAUGGCGGCGUGUACUUUAAAUCACAGCAGUAGAGUUGAUUUACCUGACAGUAUUUACAUGUAUUAAAAACUUAAUUAAUAGGUAAAGAAAUUUUUUACUAUACUGAUAAGACAUAAUAUGGUUGUCGAAAUAAUUAGCCAGGCUCUGCAGAGUGACCGCUGACCGAUGUGACGUCACACUACACUGAGUGCCGCGCCGUGUUAUGACGUCACCUAAGCAUUUCCCGCCGUGUAAAAUAAGUUCUCGUAUUAGUUUAGUAUAAUGUAGUAGUACCUGGUGUUUUUCUAUACACUUAAAGUUUCAUGUUAUUGAAGAGUGACUUUGUCAAUUCCACUCUUUAAUUGACCUACAUACCUUUCCGCCAUAAGUGACGCUAUUUUAAAUUAUUUUCUACAUUGAUAAAUUAUACUGAAGAAGAAUGUCUUCAAUACGUUUUGAACAUGGUCUAUACUUAAUAAUUUUAAUAUCAUUUAUAUUAUAUAUUCUUUGAUUUACGCGAGUAUCACAAAUUUAAAUAAAAUACUUUUAAUAAUACUAAAAAAACGAGAACACCGUCCUUCAAUUUAGCUUAAAUCCUCUACAGGAAAUAUCGCCUUUAAGGCAAUAAAUGGCGCUAAACAUACUGGCAAUUAUAUUAAAUUACUUUCUCUUUCCUGUCUUGCUUUCGCCGUGAAAAUUUGGCUCUGGAAUUGAAAUGAAAUGUCUAAUUAAAUAAAAAAUGUUAAUUUUUACCAAACAACCAAUGUAAAAUUUCGGUUCCACGCAUUUUAAUUAUUUUAUAAGUAUUCUAUUUAAAUCAUUGUUAUACAAGAAGUCCAGUUACCUUGUAGAAUAUUUAUCAAAUUAUAUCUAAUAUUUUGUUUAUUUAAUAAAUGUAAUGGAGACUUAAUUAUUUUAUACAUUUGUUAUAAUAAAUUAAUUUAGUUCAAUUA